AUGCACCUCUCAAAGCUACUCUCAUGUAUUCUUGCUACAUCUGGAGCCGUGGCUGCAGAAUAUGUGAGUUUAUCCACUCCUUCGGCAACAAUCUUUUCAGGGCCGAGCUUUACGGGGGAAUCCUUCCUUGUACCGAGACUCAACGACUGUGUGCAACUCGCCGAUAACGUCAUUGGCAAUGUAAACUCAGUGCAACUUACAGAGCUACCGAGCCCCUAUUAUAUUUCUUGCACCCUCUACUCGAACGAUUACUGCCGCGACCCGGCAGCAUCAGCCAUCUUUUACGCCAUGUCAUUAUUUCCUAACACAAUUCUCCCUAAUCCGAAAAUUCGGUCGGUUUCCUGCACGGGUUCUCGACUUUUGCCCUGA